UGGAAGAGCCACAUUUUAUUUUUGAUUGAGUGUCAAAAAGAGAGCCUUGGCCUGCCUUGCGGUCUAGAAUGGGUGUGUGUGUUGUGGCGGUGGGCAGGGGGUUGGAUGGGGGAAGACCACUAGUGGUUAAAAGCAAGUAUGCAGCAUUGGGAAGUGAACCAAACUGGUAGGAGGCACAGCCCACUGUGUCCAGGCAGGGGCGAGCUGCAGGCCUGAAACCCACCCACCCUCUUAGAUGUGUCUGCGGGCCAUAGAAAUUACUAGGGUUGUCUUGGGUGUGGCCUCAACCUGUUCAACAACAGGUGUGCUGUUUCCAUUCUGGAAACCAGUCCUCUGUCUUCCAGGACAGUAAUUCUCAAAUUUUAGCUGGGAUCAGAAUCCUGGGAAGGGUUUGUUAAAACACUACUAGACAGGGUGAGGUAACCUAAGAGCCUUUGGAGGCCCAGGCGAGAGGGAUCACUUGAGGCCAGCAGAGUUCAAGAGCAGCCCAGGCAACAUAGGGAGACCUCUUCUCUACAAAAAUACUACUACUACUGCUACUAAAAAUAGCCAGGUACGGUGGCUCACACCUGUAAUCCCAGUGCUUUGGGAGGCUGAGGCUGAAGGAUGAAUCACUUGAGCCCAGGAGUUGGUUUUGGUGAGCUAUGAUCGCAUUCCUGCUCUCCAGCCUGGACAGCAGAGAUAGACCCUGUCUCUAGAAAAAACAAAACAAAACAAAAACAACAAAAAGAUUUCUAGUCCCCACCUAUAUUGUGCCUCAGUAAGUAUAAAGUGGGGCCCAGGAUUUCUAACAUGUUCUAACGUCCAUUUAUAACGUGUUCUCCUGCUUUUUUUGGCCCCUAGUCCGCACUUUGAGAACCAUUGUCCUAGAGAAAACUGAAUACUCCAGGAAGGUUCUAGAAGAAUAGUUAAUGGGCUUUGGCACUCUGCCCUGGAAACUAGUCAACUCUCAUGUUAAUCCAGAGAAGGGCAGCACUGUACCAGACACGUCCUCUGUGCGGGUUGGUCCAAGAUGACCAAGUAGCAGCCGACAAGCACAGCUAUGAGGGAGGGUUAGACACAGUUCCACAUCAGACCCGUGGGAAAAGGACAGGAGAAAUGCGAGAACCUUUUAGAAAGAAUGCUCCAGGGAGUCUUUGGGGGCAGUCACUGAGCUGGGCCUGGAGACUGAGUAGGGUCCUACAGGAGGAAAUGGGUCAGGUUUAGGCACGGGAAACAGCAUUCGCAAUCGCAGCACCAGCACCAGCUAAAAACCCAGCAACAGGGAAAGCAAAGUACGGAAACACGCAUGCGUUCAAAGUGCUGCGUGAAUUAACCAGGCGCCGGCGUAAACAGCAAAGGUUUGCCCGGCCUCUCUUGGUCAGGGUGACGCAGUAGUCUGCAAUCCUCGGCGGGCGCGUAGGCCACCGCACUUAUCCGCAGCAGGGCCGCCCGCAGCCGGUAGGGUGGGCUCUUCCCGGUCCCCGCCCAGCUACCAGCCAGCCUGCGGCUGCGCAGAUCUUUCGUGGUUCUGUCGGGGAGGCCCCUGGGCACUCCGGACUAAGAUGGCGGCGACGGCCAGGCGGGGCUGGGGAGCUGCGGCUGUUGCCGCCGGGCUGCGCAGGCGGUUCUGUCAUAUGUUGAAGAAGCCAUACACCAUUAAGAAACAGCCUCUGCAUCAAUUUGUACAACGACCACUUUUCCCACUACCUGCAGCCUUUUGUAACACAGUGAGAUACAUGUUUAUUCAAACACAAGAUACCCCAAAUCCAAACAGCUUAAAGUUUAUACCAGGAAAACCAGUUCUUGAGACAAGGACCAUGGAUUUUCCCACCCCAGCGGCAGCAUUUCGCUCUCCUCUGGCUAGGCAGUUAUUUAGGGUUGAAGGAGUAAAAAGUGUGUUCUUUGGACCAGAUUUCAUCACUGUCACAAAGGAAAAUGAAGAAUUAGACUGGAAUUUACUGAAACCAGAUAUUUAUGCAACAAUCAUGGACUUCUUUGCAUCUGGCUUACCCCUAGUUACUGAGGAAACACCUUCAGGAGAAGCAGGAUCUGAAGAAGAUGAUGAAGUUGUGGCAAUGAUUAAGGAAUUGUUAGAUACUAGAAUACGGCCAACUGUGCAGGAAGAUGGAGGGGAUGUAAUCUACAAAGGCUUUGAAGAUGGCAUCGUACAGCUGAAACUCCAGGGUUCUUGUACCAGCUGCCCUAGUUCAAUCAUUACUCUGAAAAAUGGAAUUCAGAACAUGCUGCAGUUUUAUAUUCCGGAGGUAGAAGGCGUAGAACAGGUUAUGGAUGAUGAAUCAGAUGAAAAAGAAGCAAACUCACCUUAAAAUAAUCUGGAUUUUCUUUGGGCAUAACAGUCAGACUUGUUGAUAAUAUAUAUCAAGCUUUUAUUAAUAUGCUGAGGAACUUGAAGAUUAAUAAAAUAUGCUCUUUCUUCAGAGAAUGA